AUGCUUUUCAAAAACCAGCAACGACGCUUGACGGAGAGCCUUGAAAGGAUCGAAGAACAUGAUAAUCCGACGGUGCGUAAUUGCCUACACCAACUAGCUGAGGCAAACCUACACUUACGAAACCUGACUACUGAGGUUACUAAAAAGACAGAGUCCCAUCUCGUUCAGCAGGCUGAGGUCUCACGCUUGCACAAUUUGGUUGUCGAAUUAGAGGGCCGGCUAAAACAGGUAUUAUUCAUGAUUUAA